AUAAGAAGGUUGGUACUGGUACCCCAACGACUGAUACCUUUACUAAUAUCAUUCGUUGUGAUUAUCUCGGUGGUUUACUUGACCCUCCGUUUCAUGGUACUGGUUUAGAUGGCAACCAAUGGGCUACUCCUCUUUGCGUUACUAACAAGUUACCUAGUAACAGCUUAAUACAAGCCUUGUUAUCUAAGAGCCAUAAAAAGUUUGAUAAAGUUGGUAAUUGUAUGUCUUAUGAAGAUAUGGCUAAAAUCAACACUGACUGGGGAAAUAGUUGUAAAGUUUUCCAUGGUUUGAAUCCUGUACCAGUUUACGAUGUUAAUCCUAUGAAGCCGAUUUUAUUCGCGUUUAGCCGAUUUAUGAAAGGUGAUAGUGUUCAACCGUACCGAGUUUAUGGCGAGAUUCAAGUUACGCAUACUAUCGAGAUUCUUAAGAAUCACAUGUUUCAUCCAAAUUAUUCGGACAAUUGGUGGCCUUGUGAAGUUGGCCGUACUAAUCAGCAACCACCGAUUAUGUUCGGCGAAGAAGCCGUUUACUACACAUCCGGCGAUAAACUCAUUAUCAAUCAACUCGGUUCAGAUCGUCCUCAGACCGCCCAGUUUCGCCCUUUUACUGUUUACAAUCCUUAUGUUUACAGUACAACAAGUGUUAUACUUGGUGAUACCCAAGAUGAUGUUCCCGAAGAAGAAGAACAAGUAGAUGUUGACGAUACAGACUAAGACACUAAAGAUUUUUGUAUAUAUUUCUUUAAAGAAAAGAAUUUACAAUCUUAUUACAGUAUGAUGUAGUUAUAAUUGCAUUCUCUUCUGCGUUGAAAUUCCCGUAUUUUUCGUACAACACCUUUGCGAUAUGCCUCCCAUGUUUCUUCAUUAGUACGAUGUUGCCUUCUUUAAUCCUCAUCGUUAACAGGAUAUUCAUCUUUAUUAUCAUUGCUCUGUUGUUUAUCGCGUUGAAUUCUUUGCUGUGAUGUAUAACCACAUCCGUUCUUCGUUUUCCAUUCAUAGUUACCACAACUGGUCUUUUCGGUAUCGGUAUAGGUGUUUUAUAUUUUACGUCGGACUCCAGAUUAGCAUUCCCUUCGAACAACGCUUUUAAUAUUUGUAUAACAUCCUCUGUUUCCAUCAAGCACUCUUCACAUCUGUAAAUGUCGGAUCCCGGCAGAUUCUCUAAUAUACCAUCUCGUUCCAUUCUCAAAUAUACCGUCUCGUUCCACCAAUUCAUCGUCUUCAUGUCUCAUCUCGUUUACAAUCGUCAGUGUUUGUCGUCUGUCUGGUUCAUCUUCAUUAUCUUUUUUGUCGUCAGUGAAGCAUACAUCUCUUUUGAAGUCUUGCGCGUCCAUAUCCCAAUGCAAUCCUUGAAUAUUACAUCGUUCUUUACAAUGUUCGCAGAUCCAUCGUCCGUCCAUAGAUUUGUAGACAUCAUUAUCUUCUGCUGUUUGUUUAACAUCAUAAUCACGUUGCAAUUUUAACCACAAUGCACUUGCUUUAUCGUUUCUCUUUUUGAAUUCUCGUUGUUCUCCCAAUGUUGCCAUGUAUUCAUCUUCUUCAUAUUCAUGCAAUAUUCGUUGUGCUUCAGCAUAAGCUUCACGUAAUUCGUCUUCAUCCAAGAUUCUAUUGGAGUAGUUCAUCGGUGCAUCUUUUUUUUGUAACAGGUGUUACAUUUCUCUUCUUCUUCGGGAUUUCUGUGUCUUUUUGUGCAUUUUCUUUGUGAAUUCUCUUCUUGAUCAAAGUCUCGUUGCUCUUUUUCUGCUUGUCUUCGUUUAAGGUAUGCUCUGAGAUUGUCGAGGUGUUCCCGAUUUUUGACCAUAAUUUGGUAGAUUUCACACUCACAGGUUUUACACUUAUUUGAGUUGCCUGCUUUCUGAAUUUGUCGACAACCUUGGCAAUUUGCUGUUCCAAGUCGAUUAAAGAAGGCCCGAUUGAUGACUCUUCUAUCGAUAAGUCGCUUACCUUGUUCAUCUGAUCGCCAGGAGAUGAUUGCAUGAGCAUGGAACUUGCUUUUGUUUUUGCAUCCCGAGUGGAAGAGGAUUUCUCCAGCUUUUCCGAACGCUCUAACAAGUUCUCUGAGUUCUUUUUCGUAGUUUUCUGGAUCGAAACAUUCUCCUUCACUGUCGUGAUAUUUCCCUCCUGAGAAGACUGCAUGACUCAAUACAAAUGUACAUCCACCAAUAAUCUCCUUUAGUAUUUCGUUUUCUUUAAUAGCAAACUCUUUUAUUAUUCUUGACAUGACCGUACUCUACGAUGUCUAACAUCAACUAACGCACCCCCGUCAUUUCUUUCUUAUAUAGUACCGAUUCCUAUUAAUACCCCCGCCCCUAGAUAAAUAGCGCUAUUGUUAUUUAUUUAUCUAGGGACGGGGGUAUUAAUAGGAAUCGGUACUAUAUAAGAAAGAAAUGACGGGGGGUGCGUUAGUUGAUGUUAGACAUCGUAGAGUACGGUCAUGUCAAGAAUAAUAAAAGAGUAAAACUUACUUAUUUUGAUUGAACAAAAAUUCAACACAUGAGAUGUAACCAAACCAUGCAGCCUAAUGUAAUGGUGUUUUGUUGUAAACAUCUACACUGUUGAUGUUUUGUACAUCAUGUCGACAUAAAAUAUCUAAUAUUGCGUGAUGGUCAUUCCAUGCAACAAGUGUUAACUCUUUGUUUAUUUUUUUUUCACUCAAACAGUACUUUAAUUGAUAGAAAGUUCCAAUAGUGUGCAUUCAUCUUCCUCUCUCAUAUGGACGAUGUUUAGAUGGAUUGUGAGAAAUCGAUCCCUUUAAAUUCCACUAUUGAUGAAUUGUCUUUAUAACAUGCUGUCCACAUCAAUAGUGUGCAUUCAUAUUCCUCUCUCUUCAGGGCGAUGGUUAGAUGGAUGGUAAAGAUACAGUUAAUAACAUUUUUUAACAGUCAUAACAUUUUCGUUAAGCCAAUUCCCAGUAUAGUUUUCUUGUUAACACACAAAAGGCAUAUCAGCCACUUUAAAAUUAUAGAAUUGUUAUCCUACAGUGUGAAUCCAUUUUUAUUUGUGAUCGUCACAGCAAUAUUUUUUUGACGCAACGAAGGAUUAACACAUGAGAUGUUACCAAACCAUGCAUCCAACAUGGUCUUCCAUUGUUCACAUCUACACUGUUGAUGUUUUGUACAUCAUUUCGACAUAAAAUAUCUAAUUCUGUGUGAGGGUUAUUCCAUGCAACAUGUUAACUGUUUUGUUUGAUUUGUCUUCUGCCCAAACAUUAAUUUUGUUAUUGAUGAAACUUCCCACUAUUGAUCAAUUGUUUAUUGAUAUCAAAAAUAAAAUAAACUUUAAAACUUACUUAUUUUGAUUGAACAAAAAUUCAACACAUGAGAUGUAACCAAACCAUGCAGCCUAAUGUAAUGGUGUUUUGUUGUAAACAUCUACACUGUUGAUGUUUUGUACAUCAUGUCGACAUAAAAUAUUUAGUAUUGCGUGAUGGUCAUUCCAUGCAACAAGUGUUAACUCUUUGUUUAUUUUUUUUUCACUUAAACAGUACUUUAAUUGAUAGAAAGUUCCAAUAGUGUGCAUUCAUCUUCCUCUCUCAUAUGGACGAUGUUUAGAUGGAUUGUGAGAAAUUGAUCCCUUUAAAUUCCACUAUUGAUGAAUUGUCUUUAUAACAUGCUGUCCACAUCAAUAGUGUGCAUUCAUAUUCCUCUCUCUUCAGGGCGAUGGUUAGAUGGAUGGUAAAGAUACAGUUAAUAACAUUUUUUAGCAGUCGUAACAUUUUCGUUAAGCCAAUUCCCAGUAUAGUUUUCUUGUUAACACACAAAAGGCAUAUCAGCCACUUUAAAAUUAUAGAAUUGUUAUCCUACAGUGUGAAUUCAUUUUUAUUUGUGAUUGUCACAGCAAUAUUUUUUUGACGCCAUGAAGGGUUAACACAUGAGAUGUUACCAAACCAUGCGUCCAACAUGGUGUUCCAUUGUUCACAUCUACACUGUUGAUGUUUUGUACAUCAUUUCGACAUAAAAUAUCUAAUUCUGUGUGACGGUUAUUCCAUGCAACAUGUUAACUGUUUUGUUUGAUUUUGUCUUCUUCCCAAACAUUAAUUUUGUUAUUGAUGAAACUUCCCACUAUUGAUCAAUUGUUUAUUAAUAUCAAAAAUAAAAUAAACUUUAAAACUUACUUAUUUUGAUUGAACAAAAAUUCAACACAUGAGAUGUAACCAAACCAUGCAGCCUAAUGUAAUGGUGUUUUGUUGUAAACAUCUACACUGUUGAUGUUUUGUACAUCAUGUCGACAUAAAAUAUCUAAUAUUGCGUGAUGGUCAUUCCAUGCAACAAAGUGUUAACUUCUUUGUUUAAUUUUUUUUCACUCAAACAGUAUAAUUGAUAGAAAAUUCCAAUAGUGUGCAUUCAUCUUCCUCUCCUGUGUGGACGAUGUUUAGAUGGAUUGUGGGAAAUCGAUCCCUUUAAAUUCCACUAUUGAUGAAUUGUCUUCAUAAAAUACUGUCCACAUGAAUCGUGUGCAUUCUUAUUUAUCUCUCAUUUGGACGAUGUUUAGAUAUAUUGUGAGAAAUUGAUCCCUUUAAAUUCCACUAUUGAUGAAUUGUCUUUAUAACAUGCUGUCCACAUCAAUAGUGUGCAUUCUUAUUUAUCUCUCAUAUGGACGAUGUUUAGAUGGAUUAUGAGAAAUUGAUCCCUCUAAAUUCAACUUUUGAUGAGUUGUCUUUAUAACAUGCUGUCCACAUCAAUAGUGUGCAUUCAUAUUCCUCUCUCUUAAGGGCAAUGGUUAGAUGGAUGGUAAAGAUACAGUUACUGACAUUUUUUACCAGUCAUAACAUUUUGGUUAAGCCAAUUCCCAGUAUAGUUUUCUUGUUAACACACAAAAGGCAUAUCUGAAUUGUUAUCCUACACUGUGAAUCCAUUUUUAUUUGUGAUCGUCACAGCAAUAUUUUUUUGACGCAACAAAGGAUUUCACUGGCGCCGUAGAUUAGUGGUUAUAGCUCUCGUACUCUGUGCGGGAGACCGGGGUUCGAUUCCUCUUGACGGCGAUUCAACAUGGGCGAGUGAAUGUUACCAUAGCCCCGGGUUAACCCAAGCCAUGUGAGGGAAAUUGGGAAGAUGGCACACUGUGUGGGCCGUUGGAUGUUGCCGGGAGUUGUCUAGUAGAGCGCGGGCUCUAAUUGGGUCUGCGUAGCUCAAAAUGAGCAUUAAAUACUCUAGGACUCUCCAUCUACGCCAUGGCCCCUCCUGGAAAUAAUAGACAGGGUAUAUCCCUCGAUAUUUGUGAGGCUAGCCAUGUAAAAUAUGCACAUCUAUCUAUCUAUCUCUAUUAACACAUGAGAUGUUACCAAACCAUGCAUUCAACAUGGUGUUCCAUUGUUCACAUCUACACUGUUGAUGUUUUGUACAUCAUGUCGACAUAAAGUAUCUAAUAUUGCGUGAUGGUCAUUCCAUGUAACAAAGUUGUGACUUUUUUGUUUGAUUUCAAAUUCUAAUGAAGCUGCUCUUUUUUCACCCGAGUUACAAUGGUGUAAAAGAGUUGUUGUCAUUUUAUGUUUGCUGUGGACAUGCUGGCCCAGUUCAAUUUUUUUUGGUGCCAACUAUUAUGCGUAUCGAGGUAGUAUGCUAUUUUGCGUUAAUGAUUUUUUCAAUUUUUAAACUUGUCUCAAAACUGUUCAAAAUUUUUUCAACACUCUCAUUACCAAAUUGUUUUAGACCUAGUAAUUGAAAAAGUAAACUGGAGCUAGAAAACCAUUUUUAUCUCCUUGCUUCAGAAAAAUGUUUAGGAAAAGUUUAAAUAACAGUUUUGGCGUCCAAAACUUUUUUGUUGACAUCAACCAGUCAAUUGUAAAAUGGGUAAAAUCGCCCAGCUUUGAGGAAAAUGAUCAAUUUUAGUCUCAGAUCUGAAGUUACCCACAAAGGAAAAGACAUUUUUUCUUCACCAUUGUUAAGUUACAUACUCAAAAAUUACAAUGCAAAUUAAUUUAAAUGUCAUUUGAUUUAAAUGGUGCCUUUUUUCUAGGUGACCAUGUUUUUUAAGAAGUAAAAGCCAGACAUCAAUUGCUCUGAAACGCUUCUAAGUUGUUUAACUUCAAAUAUAAAAGUGGAAUGAAUUGUCUUCACAAAUUUUUAUAAUGUUAUUAGUGUUAAAUUUUUUCUGUGUGUCUAUACUUCCUUAUGAAGUAACAAUGUGACAUAACAAAGGACACAUAUAAUUAUUUUUCCGUGACCUUACGGUAGGUGAACAUGCGUAUGUAAUCAUGCUUUACCCUAAUGAUCAUAAAAAAAGGUCUGUUUACCUAGAUGUGUGAAAAAAUUAGGAUUUAAAAUGACAUAACUCCUUCUGUGACGUUUUUCAGAAUUUUGGUAAGGUCCACUACUUAAAUGCAAAAUGGUGUAAAAUAAGUUUUAAAAAAAUCUGUAACAAUAUAUUAUCUGAAAAAUAAAAAGGAAAACGUUAUUAUUACAAAUAUGUUUUGGUUUCUUCUGGCACAGUAAAGAGCUUUUCAACAUGACCCUAUUGUUAUUAUCAGCAUUACAAAAAGUUUUGUAAUUUAGUGUUUUAACAGUUUUAUUUGUACGUGUACUAAACUUGGUUUUUAUCAACAAACAUGUUAUAAUCUUAUUUAUUUUUGAAGACGAGCAUUUUUAUCAUAUAGCUAUUUAUAUAUUACAAAUUUAAUAUUUUCUGUUUGUAACAUUUUCGUAAAAAGAAUUUUGCCUCUAUAGAUUUUUGCAGAUGUAAAAGAUUUUUCUAGAAGUUUGACUCAAAACAUAUUGUUUGAAAACAAUGCUGACAACUAUUGAUAUUGUUUUUCUGUGAUAUUUUGUAAAAAUAUUUUUAACAGUGGACAAUGUACACCCAUUAUCUAAGAAUUAAAUUAUAAAAUAUUUCAAGUAUGUUAAUAUAAA